AUGCCUUGCGGCUUGCGCGGUCUAGCGCUUUAUCUGGCGCUGGCUCCAGCCUUGCAGGUGAAUCUUAUCUAUCGUUACAAAGCAUCCCUUCAGAUAAAUAUAUCUAAGAGCCUUCUUAUUACUACGACGCCUGGAUCGAGGUCUGCUGAUUAUGCAGGAAUUGUUAUUCUAUUGGUUUGGUUCCAACGGAACCUCUUCUUGAGAAGUCCUUAA